AUGGGAAACCAAGAAGGGAAUGGAAUUCGUGGAAUCAAGUCAAAGGGGAACAGAAAGGAAUACAAGGGAUUUGUGGCAGGAGUGUUCUCUGGCAUUGCCAAGUUGGGUGUGGGACAUCCCUUUGACACCAUCAAGGUUCGUCUUCAAACAACGAAAUCUUCACAUUUCAGCGGCCCUCUAGAUUGUCUACUUCAGACUGUGCGAAAUGAAGGGCCAAGGGCCUUGUAUAAAGGUGCAACACCACCCUUGAUGGGGUGGAUGGUCAUGGAUUCGAUCAUGCUUGGGUCAUUGACGCUCUAUCGCCAUUUCUUGUUCAAAAAUGUCUUUUCAAACAAACAACUACGACGACUAAUACCGUUUGCUUCGGACAAAAUCCCAGAUCGACUAUCCAGCUUUGGCCAUGGCAUCGCUGGAAUUAUGGCGGGCUCAACAGUGAGCUUUAUAGCAGCACCCGUUGAGCAUGUGAAAGCACGAUUACAGAUCCAGUAUGCAGCUGAUAAGAGGCAACGGCUAUAUAGCGGUCCGAUCGACUGUAUGAAAAAAAUUUCGCGAACAUGGCAUCGCUGGAAUUUAUCGCGGUCUCGGUGCCACUUUGAUCUUUCGCUCAUUUUUCUUCUUCUGGUGGGGAACUUACGAUAUUUUCUCGCGAUUAAUGAAGCAGCAUACUCGACUAUCCACUCCCGCCAUUAA